UGAUCCAUUUAUUUAAUGUGCCCCAAUCCGAACCCUUUCUUCGAGCAGCUGCAACAUGGUUGAUGGUGUCUUUACUGCUUCUCGGAUUUCGGAGGCAGCUGAUGUUUGGGUGAUGAGCGGAUCGCCUCAAAAAAAUUUAGGCCUGUUUACGUUUGGUUCUUGUAUGCUAGCUACUACCUACCAGUAGCUAGUAGCAGCCUUGCUUCUACUAGCUAGCUAGUCUAUUGAAUUCCACAAAACAUCACAAAUCACAAAACGCAGCUGCUGCCUGGACACACUUGAAAACCAACUGGUUGCAAAGAUACCGGACCCAUCACUCACCUCACCUAGCACAAUCUCAUAUUAUCGGAAUUUUCACAUCCCAACCACUCUAACAUAUAAUAACACAACUGUACCGUACCGUACCGUACCGACAACUAACUAAGAUGCCCUUUAUCUACUCUCCUUCCAAGCCGGCGGCUGAAACUACCACGGCAGAAGAAGCAUCGGAUGGUACCACUGCUACUAGUAGUACUAAUGGUAUCAAGACGUACACGACCGUGUCGUUUACUACAGCGGCUCCCAUUAUUUCCGCCGAAAGUGCCACUAUUGCGUCUCAUACUUUGACUACAACCGGUAUUUCUCCAUCUUCCUUGGUGGCCGAAGUGGCGCUCUCCGUGACGGGCGUGGUGCUGUUGGGUCUCAUGAUCAUGCUCUGUGUGCAACGAGUGCAACGACGACGGCAUGCUCGGGCAUUCGCAGACGCACAGCAACAAGAAGAAGAACGCAAACGUCAUCUUCGAACGCAAACCAUUCAAGAGAAACUUCAACUCGUCGAGUGGACUUCUGCUGAAGCUACUGCUGCUGAAGAAGACUGUAAUGCUAGUAGUACUGAUAGUACUGAUGAUGAGGAGGAACCAGACUUGGAGGCGGGAGUUGUCAUUGCAGAAGAAGAACAAGACGAACACGUGUGCUGCAUUUGCAUUGAAGCCUUUCAAGACAAGGAAAUGGUCAGUAUCUCCAACCAUCCAGACUGCAAACACAAGUUCCACAAGCAAUGCAUUGAAAACUGGCUGCAACGACAAGAAGGUUGUCCUACAUGCAGGCGACCGUAUCUGGACGCCCACCUAGAAGAAGAAGAAAAGCCACAACCAGAGCCAUCCGACACGGAUAGCGAUGAUUCUACCACUACUACCACCACCAGUCAACACAAUCAGUAUCACCACGACCAGGACCAGGACAUGCAUGCUUAGAAGGUCUUCUAAAGAUGCCCUUCAUUCAUACUUCCUCUGUGUCCUUGUUGAUUCAUUAGUAUUAUUCCUGUAACACAACUAACUUAGAAGAACGUGUACUACUCU